CUCAAGGGCCAUACGGGCUGGGUAUUGUCAGUAGCUUUCUCACCCGACUCGACCCUCGUGGCCUCAGCCUCUCGCGAUGAGACCAUCCGGCUCUGGCGCGUUAAUGAUGGCACCUGCAUGCAAGAGCUCAAGGGCCAUACGGACUGGGUAUGGUCAGUAGCCUUCUCGCCCGACUCGACCUUGGUGGCCUCGGCCUCUCGCGAUCAGACCAUCCGGCUCUGGCGCGUUGAUGAUGGCACCUGCAUCCAAGAAAGUCCUGUUUUAUCACCUGGCAACAUCACUAUACCUUUUACUAACGGUCUCUCUGGCGUUGGGAUUAGUGAAGAUAAGUGCUGGAUUAUGUGGCAGAAAAAGCGACUUCUUUGGUUACCAGCGCCAUUUCGUCCUACCUGUUCCAAGGUAUCUGGAUUGUCUGUUAUUAUUGGCUGUAGCUCGGGGAGAGUGAUUAUUAUGAGAUAU